AUGAACAAGUCUGCGACCGCCGAACAAGAGAGCAUUGACAAGCCUCUGGCCCAGCUCGACGACUACCGCCUCUUGGGCGCGUCGGGCCUGCGCGUGUCUCCCCUCUGCCUCGGGGCCAUGACCUUCGGCGCCGACUGGGGGCAAUGGGGCGCGGGGUUCGAGGAAAGCAAGCGCAUGUUCGACUUCUACGUCGAAAAGGGCGGCAACUUCAUUGAUACGGCCAACAUCUACACCAACGGCACCAGUGAGCAGUACGUGGGUGAACUGGUGGCGCCGAUUCGCAGCCAGAUGGUGGUGGCCACCAAGUACAGCAUCAAUCCGCCGCCCUUCCCUGGUCUUCCGCCUUCACCCACGGCCAAGAACGCCAACUACGGCGGCAAUCACCGCAAGGCCCUGGUGCAGGGGCUUGAUGAAUCGCUGAAGCGCAUGAAGCUGGACUACGUCGACGUCCUCUAUGUCCACGUAUGGGAUCACCGUACCCCCAUCGACGAGACCAUGAGGGCCCUGGACGACGUGGUGAGGAGCGGCAAGGCCCUCUAUGUCGCUGUGAGCGACACCCCCGCCUGGGUCAUCUCCGCCGCCAACAACACCGCCCAUCUGCGGGGCUGGAGCCCCUACAUUGGACUGCAGACGCGGUACAAUCUGCUCGACCGGUCGCUCGAGUGGGAGCUGGGUCCCAUGGCCAAGGCCUACGACAUCGGCAUCAUCCCCUGGGGCGCCCUCGCCGAAGGCUUCCUCACCGGCAAGCACAAGAGGGACCAACCGCACCCCGAAAGCAAGCGCGGGCACCUGUUGGAGCGCCACUUUACUGAGGAGCGCAACUGGAAGAUCGUGGACGAGGUGGUGGCGGUGGCCAAGGAGAUCGACAGGCCCGCGGCGCAGGUGGCACUCAACUGGCUGGCCCAGAAGCCCGGCGUGACCAGCCCGCUCGUGGGCGCCCGCACGCUCGACCAGCUCAAGGAGAACAUCGCCGCGCUCGAGUUCACCCUCUCGCCCGACCACAUGCAGCGCCUGGACCAGGUGAGCGAGCGGCCGAUCGCCCAGCAGCCCUUCCCCAGGAACUUCAUCGCCACGAUGGACAUGACCGUCGGCAGCACCAAGGUGGACCGCAGAUAUGCGGUGUAA